CUUCAAACGCAACAGAUGUGAAGUUUCUCCUGUGGAAGCUAUGGAGAAAUCUGCAGGGUUCCCCCUAACCGGCAAAGCCGUGGUGGUGAGCUGGAGAGCUGUCUAGCUGCAGAGGACCGGUUUCUUUUCCUGGGCAAAAAGUUAGAGCACCGGGCUCCCUUUGCAACUGCGUUUGAAGAGCAUCUUAAGAAACGAGGCGUUCCAACUGCUCUCCUCGAUGGAUCCACCUGCUGCCAGUAGCUGCAUGAGAAGCUCUCACCCUACGAAUGUGCUCUGGGGUUGCCUGCGAAACCACCAUGCCGAGGGUGGAGGGACCACUGGGCCACACCAUUACCCACAAGCCCCCUUUUCGUUCCACCACAAACCGGACUUUGGUGUCUACUCGGACUUUCCCACCUCCUGCCUGGCUGCAGCCCCCCAGAGCCUUCCCGGCGACGAACGAGCUUUCGAUGAGCACCAUUCUUCCUUCCAGCACCCCGCGUGGCAUCUUGCAGCCGCCGAGGGCAGGCGGCGUCUGGCGGCCGAGCUGGCUUUGGUCUCCGGGGAGCCAGAGGGCAGCGGCCCAAAUGUGGUGGAUGCCGCCAUUGGCACGAGCGAAGAUUACGUCCUGGCAGGGAACGUGGUGAGCGAAACGGAAAAGAAGGCAUCCAGGAGGAAAAAAGGGAGCGCAGAAAGCCAGGAGACAGGCGGCGGUGGGGGCAGCAGCACCAAAGCAGAAGUCAGCAGCUCCAAAGCAAGGAAGGAACGCACCGCCUUCACCAAGGACCAGCUGCGGGAGCUGGAGGCGGAAUUUGCACACCACAACUACCUGACGAGGCUCCGGAGAUACGAGAUUGCGGUGAACCUCGACUUGACGGAAAGACAGGUCAAAGUGUGGUUUCAGAACCGCAGGAUGAAAUGGAAACGUGUGAAAGGUGGGCAGCCGGCGUCACCCCAGGACCACAGCCUGGAAGACAUGGACUCAGCUCCUUCUCCAAGCUCAGAGUAG